AUGCCACGACCACCAAGUUGCACCAUGGCUGCCAUGGUGACCACGCUGGUGCUGUUUUGGGUGACCGUGCCUUGCCGUGCCUUCCAAGCCUUCAGGACCAGGUUCGAGCUGAAGGAGGCAGUCGAUGGAUGGCAAAUCCUCGGAAGACGGGAGACAGUUGAGUCCACCUAUGGGGACAUUGCGCUGUGGGACGUGUCUGCCGUGACAGACAUGAGCCGCCUCUUCGAGAGUCUCGACAACUUCAACGAGAACAUCGUUUCGUGGAACGUUUCGGCCGUGACAGACAUGAAGCAUAUGUUCCACAUGGCUAGUUCCUUCAACCAGCCCCUCGACUCCUGGGAUACGUCCUCCGUGACUGACAUGAGCUACAUGUUCAAUGGGGCAGGUGCCUUCGAUCAACCCAUCGGCUCUUGGGACAUCUCUUCUGUGACUAGCCUCAGAGGCAUGUUCUCUGGCGCUGUUGCUUUCAAUGAGCCCAUCGGCUCUUGGAAUACGUCCUCCGUCACCGACAUGAGCGGCAUGUUCGAAGAAGCACUGGCUUUCAGUCAACCUAUCGGCUCGUGGGAUACUUCCUCAGUAACUGACAUGAGUUUCAUGUUCAGUCAAGGCUACAGGAACUGGUGGUAUGGGGCCUAUGACUACAGCUACGAGUACGGCUACAGCUACGCCUAUGGUUUUGGAGCUGGUUUUACAAGCUAUGGUUUCAAUGAGCCCAUCGGUUCAUGGAACACGGCGAAGGUCACCAACAUGAGUGGGAUGUUCAGGGGCGCGCAUGAAUUCAAUCAGCCCAUCGACACUUGGGACACGUCUUCAGUGGCUGACAUGAGCCGCAUGUUCGACAGGGCAGCGACGUUCAACCAGCCCCUCGACUCGUGGGAUACGUCCUCGGUGAAGAACAUGAGCUACAUGUUUUCGGUGGCAAUGUUGUUUAAUCAACCCAUCGGCUCGUGGGAGACGUCCUCGGUGACUGACAUGAGCCACAUGUUCGAUGAAGGCAGUUCUUUCCUGGGUCCAAAUCCUUUCAAUCAGCCUAUCGGCUCGUGGAACACCUCCUCCGUGACCAGCAUGAGAGGCAUGUUUGAGUGGGCUAGUGCCUUCAAUCAUCCCAUUGGCUUGUGGAACACCUCUUCUGUGACUGACAUGGGUUCGAUGUUCAUGGGUGCCAGAGCUUUCAAUCAGCCCAUUGGCUCGUGGAAAACAUCUGCUGUGACGGACAUGAGCGAGAUGUUCAUGGGCGCACAUGCUUUCAAUCAGCUUAUCGACUCGUGGGAUACCUCUUCCGUGAUCAGCAUGCGCGAGAUGUUGCGCGAAUGCCGUGCUUUCAAUGAACCUAUAGACUCCUGGAACACUUCUUCUGUGACUGACAUGAGCGGCAUGUUCAGGAGCGCCUCAUCGUUCGAGCAAUUCAUCGGCUCUUGGGAUACGUCCUCAGUGACUGACAUGAGCGAGAUGUUCCAGUCUACUCGAGCUUUCAAUCAGUCUGUCGGCUCGUGGAACACAUCCUCUGUGACCAGCCUGAGAGGGAUGUUUGAGUGGGCUCGAGUUUUCAAUCAGCCCAUCGACACUUGGGACACGUCUUCAGUGACUGACAUGGGCGGGAUGUUUGAGCAGGCUCAUGCUUUCAAUCAGCCCCUCGGCUCGUGGAAUACAUCCUCGGUGAAGAGCAUGAAGUACAUGUUCCACAAAUCAAGGUUGUUUGAUCAACCCGUCGAAUCUUGGGAUACAUCUUCGGUGACUGACAUGAGCUACAUGUACGACGAGGCGAUGUCUUUCAAUCAGCCCCUCGGAUCGUGGGAUACGUCCUCGGUGAAGAGCGUGAGCUACAUGUUCCACAAAUCAAGCUUGUUUAAUCAACCCAUCGGCUCUUGGGACACAUCCUCGGUGACUGACAUGAGCCACAUGUUCGAUGAGUUGGGUUCUCCAUUCGACCACCCACUCAGCUCAUGGAAUACCCGCUCCGUGCGGAGCAUGAGAGGCAUGUUUAGGCGCGCAGCUGCUUUCAAUCAGCCCGUCGGCUCGUGGAAUACGUCUUCAGUGACUGACAUGAAGCACAUGUUCUACAUGGCGAGUUCUUUCAACCAGCCCCUCGGUUCCUGGGAUACGUCCGCCGUGACUGACAUGAGCUACAUGUUCAACGGGGCAGGUGCUUUCAAUCAACCCAUCGCUUCCUGGGAUACGUCCUCGGUGACUGACAUGAGCCACAUGUUCGAUGUCGAUGAGUUGGGUUCUCCUUUCAAUCAGCCACUCGGCUCUUGGGAUACCUCCUCUGUGACCAGCAUGCGCUGCAUGUUUCGUGACGUUUAUGCUUUCAACCAACCCCUCGGCUUGUGGAACACCUCUUCUGUGACCGACAUGGGCUCGAUGUUCAUGGGUGCUAGAGCUUUCAAUCAACCUAUCGGCUCGUGGAAAACAUCUGCCGUGACCAACAUGAGCGAGAUGUUCAGUGGCGCAACUGCUUUCAAUGAGUACAUCGACUCGUGGGAUACCUCUUCCGUGACCAGCAUGCGGCAGAUGUUGCGCGAAUGCUCUGCUUUCGAUAAGCCAAUCGGCUCAUGGAACACUUCGUCUGUGACCGACAUGAGCGAGAUGCUUAGGAGUGCUGCAGCCUUCAAUCAGCCAAUCGGCUCGUGGAUAACAUCCUCUGUGCGAAGGAUGACUGAGAUGUUCAGGGGUGCAGCUGCUUUCAAUCAGCCCAUCGAUUCGUGGGACACCUCCUCUGUGAGGGACAUGAGCCGCAUGUUCCAAGGGGCAAUCUUGUUCAAUCAACCCAUCGGCUCUUGGGAUACAUCCGCAGUGACUGACAUGAGCGAGAUGUUCGGUGAGGGUUCUGCUUACGAUGCUAUCAUCGGCUCGUUCUUCGUGUUCGCCGGGGCUCGUGGUUUCAAUCAGCCCAUCGGCUCAUGGGACACGUCUUCUGUGACGGACAUGAGCCACAUGUUUUGGGGUGCUGAAGCUUUCAAUCAACCCAUUGGCUCCUGGGACACAUCAUCUGUUCAACAGAUGCGAGGGAUGUUCAGCAAUGCACAUGUGUUUGACCAACCCAUUGCGUCUUGGGAUACCUCGUCUGUGACCAGGAUGGACUACAUGUUCGAGAAAGCAAAGGCUUUCAAUCAACCCAUCGGCUCCUGGGACACGUCAUCUGUUCGACGGAUGGACGGGAUGUUCAGCAAUGCACAUGUGUUUAACCAACCCAUCGGAUCUUGGGAUACCUCGUCUGUUACCAGGAUGGACUACAUGUUCGAGAAAGCAGAGGCUUUCAAUCAACCCAUCGGCUCUUGGGACACUUCUUCUGUGGCCACCUUCAAGAGCACGUUUGCUGGCGCCGUUACUUUCAAUGAGCCCAUCGAUUCAUGGGAUACUUCCUCUGCCACAGACGUAAGCUACAUGUUCGCUGAGGCAGUCGUUUUCAAUCAGCCCAUCGAUUCAUUGGACACUUCAGCCGUUAUCGACAUGAGCAGCAUGUUCGCCGAAGCUUUGGCUUUCAACCAACCGGUCGGCUCAUGGGAUACCUCCUCUGUGAAGACGAUGGACAGACUGUUCUAUGGGGCGGAUGCUUUCAACCAGUCACUUCAGUCCUGGAACACAGUGGCCAUGGCCACAGCGAAGGACAUGUUUUCACCCACUAGCUUUUUGAAGCAGCCACCAUGCCCAUCAGGCGAAGCUCCGUCCACGAACGGGCUUGUUUGUGAGAUUUGCCCACCUGACCACUUCUCAUGGACUCAUGGGACUGCUUGCCAAGCAUGCCGUACAAACGCCUCAUACCACUGCCCGGAUUCCAGCGGUCUCAAUUUGCCAGAAGAUCGCGGCUACUGCAGAGAUUGUCCCGACGACUGCGAGGGGUGCACGUCCAUCUGCAUGGCAGAGUUCCGCAGCAAGUCCGAACUUCGAGCAGCAGUGGUCAACUGGGAAGCGGAUGCCAAUCGUGGCUUGCCUAGCUAUCUCUACUACUUCAACGAAGACAUUAGCGCAUGGACAGUUUCAGGCGUCAGGAACAUGGAACUCAUGUUCCAAUGGGCAAGCUCCUUCAAUCAGCCCCUCGACGCUUGGGAUACGUCAUCAGUGACCAACAUGGCAGGCAUGUUUAGUUUCGCAGCUGCUUUCAAUCAGGGCAUUAGCUCGUGGAAUACUUCCCUGGUAACCGACAUGAACAGCAUGUUCAACGAAGCCUACGCUUUCAAUCAGCCCAUUGGCCAGUGGGAUGUGUCCUCGGUGACUCGGAUGCAGUACAUGUUCUACCAGGCGACGUCUUUCAACCAGCCCCUCGGCUCAUGGGAUACCUCCUCUGUGACCGGCAUGGAUUACAUGUUUGCGUUCGCAGCAGCUUUCAAUGAACCCAUCGGCUCCUGGAAUACCUCCAUGGUGGUAACCAUGACGUACAUGUUUCAUGCUGCUGCAGCGUUCGAUCAGCCCAUCGGUUCUUGGGAUACGUCCUCGGUGACCAGCAUGAGAGGCAUGUUGCAGAAGGCAGUGUCUUUCAAUCAGCCGAUCGCAUCCUGGAACACUUCCUCUGUGGCUAGCAUGUCAGUCAUGUUCAAUGAGGCGGUCGUGUUCAAUCAGGCCAUUGGCUCCUGGAAUGUGCCACCCUACCUGCAGAGGAUUGCGAUGUUGGACGGCGCCACCGCCUUCGACUCGCCCCCCUGUGACGCAGGAGCCAUCCCAAGCCCAAACCGGAUCGCUUGCGAGCGCUGCCCCCCGGGCCACUUCGCGGUGGCGGCCUCCGAAAACUGUACUCGCUGUCCCUUUGGUUCCAUUCCUGCACCAGACCAUGGCACAUGCGAGGAGUGUCCGCCCGGCAGGUUUUCAGGAGUCCUGGAUUGCGAUGACACUGCCUGCCAGUACGAGUGUUUCCUCGCUUUCCAAAACAAGUCUGAGCUUCGCGCAGCUGUGUUGAUCUGGGAAGCUGGCAUUGAUCGUACGAGUCAGCAACGGCUGCGGUCCAUCUAUGGGGAAAUAAAAGACUGGGACGUGUCGGCCCUGUCCGACAUGAGCGGAUUGUUCGAAGACCUCAGCAGUUUUAACGACGACAUCAGCACAUGGAAUGUGGCCGGUGUGAUGGACAUGAGCCACAUGUUCAAGGGUGCGCAAUCCUUCGAUCAGCCAAUUGGCAACUGGCAGACAUCAUUAGUGGCUACAAUGGCGCACAUGUUUGAUGGUGCGGCUGCCUUCAAUCAUGAGAUUGGCUCGUGGGAUGUUUCUAAUGUGCAGACCAUGAGCCACAUGUUCCAUGGAGCUGUUGCAUUUAAUCAGUCACUUGAAGCCUGGGACACGUCCCGCGUUUCAGACAUGACGGCGCUGUUCUCAGAUGCCGAAUCCUUCAACCAGCCACUUGCCGGCUGGAACACAUCCUCCGUGAGAAACAUGAGCCAGAUGUUCCGAGGUGCUUCUAGCUUCAACAGGCCAGUUGGCUCUUGGAUGACAGGUGCCGUGAUCCGAAUGGAUGGCAUGUUUCAGAACGCAGGCAUCUUCAAUCAACCGCUCAGCAAAUGGGACGUGUCUGGGGUGUCCGACGUGAGCAGCAUGUUCCAAAAUGCAGCAAGCUUCAACCGCCCUGUGGGAGGGUGGGAUACGGCUCUCGUGACCAACAUGCGCAGCAUGUUCUCCGGAGCGACUGUGUUCGAUCAGCCCAUCGGCAUGUGGGACACCUCGUCCGUCAAAGACAUGUCUUUCAUGUUCUCAGAAGCCACCUCCUUUAAUCAGCUCGUCGAAAGCUGGAGCACUGUUUCUGUGACGAGCAUGACCGGCAUGUUCUUUGGGGCGUCAGUGUUCAACGGCUCCCUGCAAACGUGGGAUACCUCGUCUGUGAGGAGCAUGGCCCACAUGUUUCAGGAGGCAUCGGCAUUCAAUCAGCCCAUCGGCUCGUGGCAAACAUCGUCUGUAGCCGACAUGAGCCACAUGUUUGAUGGGGCGGCCGCUUUCAACCAACCUAUCGGCACCUGGAACGUUUCAGCAGUCCUUGACACGACGCUCAUGUUCUCUGACGCAGAGUCCUUCAACCAUCCCCUGGGAUCAUGGCUUUUGCCUGUGCCGGCGAGCCAUGACAUGUUUCGCGGCGCCGAUGCCUUCAAGAGGCCGCCUUGCCCUGGGGGCUUUUCGCCUGCUAUCAACGGAUUAGGAUGCGAGCCCUGUCCUGUGGGGCAGUUCGCUUCUGCUGGAGACCGGUGUGAGACCUGCCAACAAGGCUUCGUGCCAACCAGCGACGGUGAGGGCUGCCAGAAAUGCCCGGAUGGGAGCAUCUCCGUGUCUGGUGCCUGUGAGGAGUGUGUUUUCCCAUCCUUCAUUGUGAACGAUGCUUGCGAACUGUGGCCCCUGCCCGUGGUGUUGGUGUCCACAGCACUGGUGCUACUUGUGUUGUGGAUCCUCAUUUCCCGCUACAGGGCCCGGAAAGAAGCAAAGAUCAGACGUGCUUUAGAUGUAGCCUACCGCAACCUCUGGGACGAACAUCCUGAGAUCGAGAAACAUGCGGCCACCCUCCAGAGCCUUGGGAUGAAACGCAUGCAUGUGCAGCAGAAGUGGCUGAGAUGCAGGCACAGCAGAGCUUGUUUGCAGGGGUUGGGCUGCACUAUCUUCUCUCAGAGGACUUCGUCAUAG